AUGGGUGACAACAGAAAAAGCAAGGUCGAUGGUAAAAUUUUACACAGCCAAGCUAGAGAAAUAAUUUUUAACUUGUACACUUUUAUGAAAAGGGAAGCAGAACAAGGGCCAAUAUUAUUAAAACAAGUUCAACAGCGUGUAGCAGAGGCCACAGGAAUUUCUAAAACUAGUGUAAAAAGAAUUGUGAGUGAAGAAAGAACCGCGCCGAGAAAUGGUCCACGUUUCUCAACUCCCAGAAAAACAUGGUCGAAAAAAAAUAAAAAAAAAACAGCUGUUGACGACUUUGACAAGACCGUUAUACGGCGGACUGUUCAUGAAUUCCACAGAAUAGACGGUCAGCGACCUACCCUAAAAGCUUUUCUUCCGGUAUUAAAAGAAAAAAUCGGGUUUAGAGGAGGAAUAUGGACUCUGAGACAAGUUCUCAAGGAACUUCAGUUUAAAUGGAGAAAAUCUACAGAUAACAGAAAACUUUUAAUAGAAAAACACGAAAUAAGAGAACACAGAGUUCGUUUUAUUAGAGCUAUAAAACGUUACAGAGAAGAGGGUCGACCAAUUGUUUAUACGGAUGAGACUUAUGUCCACGCUUCGCACACAAAGCCCCACUCAUGGUCAGAUGGCAGCAACAAAGGCCUCUUAACACCUAUUUCUAAGGGCGAAUAUGGAAUAAUUGUUCAUGCAGGUAAUGAGAACGGAUUUAUCGACAAUGCAUUGUUGGUGUUCAAAUCAGGCCAAAAGUCAGGUGACUAUCAUGAUUGUAUGAAUUUUAAAAAUUACAAAAAAUAUCUGCAAGAAAAACUUAUUCCAAAUUUACCACCAAAAACCGUCCUUGUGAUAGACAACGCAUCAUACCACAAUAAACAACUAAACCCCGCACCUACCAGCAAUUCCAAGAAAGCAGAGAUAAUUCAGUGGCUAGUUAACCAUAACAUCCCGUUCCAUGACAAAAUGCUUAAAACAGAACUCUAUCAGAUUGUGAAGCUUAAUAAGAACCCGCACAAAAUGUUUGAGAUUGAUUCCAUACUUGCAGAACACGGCCACUCCGCUUUGCGCCUCCCUCCUUAUCAUCCCGAUCUUAACCCGAUAGAAAUGAUAUGGUCACUGAUAAAAAACCACGUUGCCCUGAAAAACACGACCUUCAAAUUAAAUGACUGCAUCAAUCUAGUGAGAGAGAAAGUCCAAGAUAUUACAAAAGUGGAAUGGGCGAAGAGAUGCCAGCACGUUAGAAAUAUUGAAAAAAAGUAUAUGGAACAUGAAGUAUCUAUUGAUGACAUCACAGAAUCUUUCAUCAUAAAUCUAGAAGCCGGCAGUAGUGAUGACGACAGUGGAAGUGACAGUGAACACUCUAGCCAUAGAGAAGACAGUGGCGGUGAAAUGAGUGGAGUGGAAGUGCUUGAAUAA